AUGGAAGGACAGUUUGAUGUGCUGCGCGCCGGAUUGUGGUUUGUGCUUCGGGCCUAUAGGCCGCUCGAGUUUCGGCAACAAGCUAUCGACCCGGAACGAGUAACUCGCUGCUUGUCCGUCUGCUUGUUGGCAGCGAACGUUGACCGGUGUCGGUACAACAAUGGACGAAGACGCGCUAUUGUUGGUCGGACCUUCUGCGUGGGGCGGAAACAGCGUCAUUUCUACCGGAUCGCCGUCUCCCGUCCCCCACCUGUAAAAAUCAUCAACGCCACGCCGAGCAAUCGCCUCUUCGAUGCUAUCCGUCCCCUUCCUGCGUAA